CGACUGCUAUCUGAGGCUGCGGCUGCGCUGAUCAGAAGAAGUGCUGUCUGAUUUCUCGACAGGUUUCCUGUUAGAUCCAGAAGACAGUCGAGUGUACGUUGUCGGGGCCCAUGUCCCCGUUAGGAUGCGCAGAUAUUCCACCUUUCCUGUUAUUCGAGGGCUCGUCGAGCGAGCAGGACAAGUUGCAAUUCUUCACGUACAUGGGGCAGAGGGGUGUGCAAUUGGCUAUUCAGCCUGUUCUGCCUGUUCUGCGGGCCACAGUCGAGUGCUCGGAGUGGCAGGCGCAUGCCUUCUCGAGAUUGAGAAGCUUGCUGUUGCUGUUGCGCCAGAGGCAGCUGGCCCUCUCCCCACACUGGACAUGGUGGGAUAGACCAGUGGGUACUGAUUUGACUGCUUUGGUCCGUUUCGGAACCUACUGCGUCAAUGAAACCAUGUUCUUCCACUUCGGAGGGCAGACCUCCAUCGCCGAGCUCGAAAAUUACGUCACUGGCCGCAGCAGCUCGAAUUUUACCCGACAAUUAUUUCUUCCACAUGUACAUGGUUCCAUGGGUAAGCUGCGGAUCAAGCUGCUUGAGGAGGGCUUCGUAAACAUGCGCCUGGAUACUGAUACUUACAAGAUCAAGAUUUUUGUAAGAGAUAUUCAUUAUGGUGGACCCGAUGCAUACUACGUCAAGGUUAGCUCUGGUUUAGAGUUUAUUUCUCUAGAGAGAGGUUCCUCCAAGGCACCUUUCUUUAGAGAAAGGUGCCUCGAGCACCGAGCGGUCGAGCAGUGUCGACCGAAUUGUGUGCGUUAUCUAAUAAAGAGGAAGGAGUUUAUUACGGAAGGUAUGCUGCGGAAGCUAUUGCAGCAGAACCCGAUCCUCGAACCCGAUGCAUCGGCCGGGAUGGUGGGCGAGUAUACGAUGAGGGUUUCAAAAGAGUACCGCCACGAUGUGAGAUUCGUCAGAAGAGAGCGCGAGGAGAAAUGGGCGAGCGAGGACGGCCUGAUCGUCAAGCUUCUGGACAUCCUGGAGUGGAAAGGUGCGAAUGAAAUCAGAGACCUCACUACUAUCCCGCCAACAAGUCAUACAGUCAGACAGGAGGUUGAGGUUCACGUGCGCGACGCCGACGCUCAGCUGCUUGGAUCCGACAUGGCUGCCGAGAAAUUUAUCACCCGAUUCUGGAACACAGGAUUGCGUUUCAAAGAAUUUCUUCUCUAGCACCUCCCGUAUAUGUUUUUAAGUAAUAUAAAGGUAGAAAAAUAAUUUUCAAACAAUUUUGGAGAAUUCA